AUGCAUUCACUAGUGGACUACAGCAGCCUCUCACCUGAGAGUGUGGAGCAGGUCCUCAGUGCUCUCUCCAGACAAAAGUCUCUGGAUGAUAUCCGUCUGUCUGUGAGGACCUUCACUGUCACCACCGCAGCCCUGUGCUUGGACUUCAUUCAGAACACAGAGACGUGCCGUCAGCUGAGGAUUGAGGAUAAUUCAAGUCCACCCUUCUCUCUCUCUGUGAACAAUGACGCCAGAAGCCUCAGGCUGGAGGGGAAAUCACUAUUGUCUUCCACAAUGUCACCUGCUUCACUUACCCUGUCACAAGCCGACAGCCCAACCAGUGGCAGCUUUACUGACUUCAUCCACAAGUUUCGCGAUGUCACAGGUUUAAGAGCAAAUCCACAUAGGUCUCCAGGUGACUGUAUGGGUGUUCUUGAGUCCUUCACUGACUGGUGGACUCUGCCUGGUCUGGAGAAGGUGGGGUUGAGGGUGAGCUGCCUGACUAAGAGCUGGGCCCACUGGAUCCUCAACCUCAUCCACACGUGCCCCACUCUGAAGGAAGUAAAGUUACUUGCUUCAUCUAAGUUGUAUUCGGCUGAUGGUCUCUUACUGGAGAAGGGCAUCAGUCUUCUGAAGAAGUCCUAUAAGCGUCGUCCAGAUUGCACUGUGAUCCUCACUGGCUGCAGGAUGAGAUGCACUAAACCCAGUGGGAAGUGUAGAGUGUUGCAGCGUGUGGAGAUCCAAAUGAGGGGGUCAACUGUCACUCCGAAGAAGAUUUCAGGGCUGUUGGAUGAAUGCUGGAAGCUUUUAUGA